UUGGUUAGAGUGAAUAAACUUGCAAGAACCUUCACCAAAUGAAGCUUUUAAUUAGUUAUAUAAUGACUUUAUUAUUCAAUCAAUCCUAAAUUGUUUGUCAUGAAAUUAAAAUGGCCAAUUUCAUCUCCGCCGUUUCUUACCCACGUCUCUCCCAUAUAUCAAUACACCCGGGAAACGAAUCGUUUAGUCCAAUGAAAGCACUCGCCUGAUUGGAAUCUGAACUGACAUAGCAAUAAUUGAGAUACUCGCAAUGGAGAAUUCUGUGCUCAUUUUUAUAUCGUUUGUGGUAAUUCAUAGAAGCGUGGGAAUAGCCACACAUAAAAUCGGGGUCCUAUAUGAUUCCAAAAUAGCAUGGACGGAUCUGAACAACACAGAGACAGAGAAGGGCAUUGUAUAUAUUCCGUACGGUAUGGGUGAAAACGAACCUUUUGCGCUCAUUGAAAAGAUAAAGAACCUAACGAAGGAGUGCCUCUGUGUAAUUGUCGUUACUAAUUCCGGGGAGACUGCCUGGGUUCUUCAGAGACAGUACGUGUCACCACAGCCUUUGAUACUGCUAGCAAAUCAGCGCGAUAUAUUUUUCUCUUCUUCAAGUUUGCCAUUUGAUUGCUGGCUUCGAAAUCAAGGAUUUGUUUCUAUAGUGACGAGGGAAAAUUGGAGCCGUAUCAAUCUUUUUUAUGAUGAUUAUUAUGAUUCCAACUGUAUUCAGGAUCUUGUACACCGGCUGAGUGCGAUGGGCGUGGCGACCAGUUCCAUCUUGAUGACGACUGAGGGAAAUACUAUUAAGGGUACUUUAUCAAUGAUCAGGAGAGACGACCACUACGAAAAUGUCUACCUAGCUUUGGAACCCCACCUCAUGCUGAACACCAUUAAAGAUGCUAUAUCAUUGGGUUUAUUUGAACGAAAGCUUCACUGGGUUAUGAAUAUUGACCCUAAGUAUUUACAUAAUGCAGAUCACUAUGGGUCAUUGCAUCGCAGCUUUGUCGUGACACUCAGUACGGGGCUCCGGGGAAACUACAGUGAUAUAAUUAAGACCAUAUUACAACGGGCCUCAGGAAUUGAAAACACCACAGAAAAUUGUCUCACAAACUGGACUUCCGUUCAACAACAUUACCCAUUAAAGAUUCACAGCUCUUGUAAAGAAACGUCUGAUUUUGAGGAAGUAGCUCUUUUCACAAACCAAGAAGGACUGAAUAGUCAUGAAGAACUCUUCAAGAACAAGUUUAGGGACUUUGGCAAUAGAGUACUGAAAGUAGCUUCUGUUCCGAACGCUCCCUAUGUGAUGAAGGGAACAAAAGAAAAUGGCGAGACGUAUUACUACGGCUUCUGUUAUGACAUUUUGGAAGAUUACGCAAAAGCCUUCAAUUUUCGAUACGAGUCAGUCGAUGGUGAUGGCGGACUGUUUGGAAACCCUACAGAAGACGGCCGCAAUGCCUCAGGAAUGGUCGGAAUGGUUAUGAGAGGGGAGGUUGACAUUGGUGUGGCGCCGUUUGCCGUAACAGCUACCCGUGAACAAGUCAUAGACUAUGUAUUGCCGUACCAAGAAGAUGGUGUGGGGAUCCUCAUGAAGAGAGUAGAGAACAAGGUCCAGAAAUUCUUCCGCAUCUUUCUUCCUCUGCACUACACUACGUGGUGGGCAGUUGUGGUGGCUACGGUGGUAGCGGCGUAUGUAUUGUACUUUGCAGCCAAACUGAGUCCGGAAUCAAAAGAGCGGGAACUACAGCUGGGUCACAACAUUUGGUUAAUUGUUGGAACCGUGUACGGUCAAGAUGACGGACAACGUCCUAGUUUUGGGGCAGGACGAAUCAUUCUUGGAUUCUGGUGGGUUUUCACCAUUCUUAUAACUGCUUCAUACACAGCUAAUUUGGCCGCUUUUUUGACGAUAUCCUUGGCUAAACCCCCAGUAAAGAAUUUGGAGGAACUAGCUUCACAGACAAUUUAUAAACCAUUGAUAGUUCAGGAAACCAACCAUCAUGCAAUGUUUAAGGGAGCCACAACUGGUCUAUAUAAAAGGAUUUGGGACUUGAUGUCAGAUAUUCCAAAAAUCAAAACCGUGGAGGAGGGGUACCAGCUGGUGGAGACGGGGCAGUUUGCUCUCCUUUGGGAUUACUCCCAGUUUGAGUAUUUGAUAAAUAACGAUUGUGGAUCUCUAGAAAUAGCACAGGAAUCGUUUCACAAGAUCAGCUUGUCGUUUAUAAUCCCAGAAAAGGCACCCUUCAAGAGAGCAUUCGAUAAUCACAUGCUAAAGAUGAUAGAGGCAGGAAUCAUUGCCAAGUUCAAGGCCAAAUGGUGGAGAAAAAGCAAAUGUGUAAGCAGUCCAAAAACCGCCACAGCCCUGGAGACCGAGAGCCUGUCGGGAAUAUUCGCUCUGUAUGGCGGGAUUUUGGCUAUUGUUCUCGUCACAUUUAUCCUUGAAGUGAUCAUUGUUUACAGAAAGUGGAGACGAGUAUCAAAAGUCCGUCAAGAAACGGAAUUGGACAAUAGAACAAAAUUUAUGGAAAAUGUGCCGUCUUCCUUUAAAUAUAGUCCAAACACUUAACGAAAAAUUAUUUUCGAUGUUUCUUUCUUCAUUUAAUUUUUCCUCAGCAAAUACACAUGUUUAUAUUCCCGUUGAAUUACUGUGCAAUGAAAUAUAUGUACAUGUAUACAGUAUAACUUACAUAUUAGUACUUGGUAUAAUAAAUCAAUAAUUUGAGACGUUCUUUAUUUACUGAUAUUUAGAACAUUGUAUAAAACAAAUACAUUGAGGAAUUAAACGGCAGGAGAUG